AUGAAAACUCGCGAAUACGAUCAGGAAGGCGUGGAUAUGGCCAUUUUCGAUCUGCUUGAAAGAGCAGGCAUCGGCAAAGACGCUCUCGUGGUUGACAAAAUGGACAAGGCAACUGUAAAUGGCACCCACAUUGUCGUGUCUUUUAUUUUCAACGAAAAAAAUUGCGGCGAUAUCUUUGGCGGUUAUCGCCAUCUUUGCGCAGAGUGGAUUAAGCAGCUUGAAGCGCACCCUGAAUUCGAAGAAUCUCACCACAAAUGUCUGCAGCUCAAUUUGAGAAGAUACGACAUCGGCGGCUGGGACGGGUUCACAUAUUCUGGCCAAUAUUAUAAACGAGUUUAUUUUUAUCCUGCGAUACCUAAAACUGGCAUUUAUAUACGGCCCUUUUAA